AUCACGUGUCACAUCGAGCGGUGACGUCACACCGGUCCUGUCCCAGCUUGCCGUGGUGAGCGGCUGGGACUGGCUGUGAGCUAUGGGCCCCAGUACCGGUAACGUGAGCAUGGACUCCCGGCCGCCCCCACUUUCCCCUGGGCAGGGUUGCGAGACCGGGGCUUUUAUGGACAGCUUCGGGAUCUUCCUCCAGGGCCUGCUGGCUGUCAUGGCCUUCAGCAUCCUCAUGUUAAAACGAUUUCGGGAACCGAAACAUGAAAGACGUCCUUGGAGAAUAUGGUUCCUAGACACGUCCAAGCAGGCUAUUGGGAUGCUGUUUAUGCACUUUGCAAAUAUCUACCUGUCGGAUCUCACAGGAGAGGAUCCUUGCUCACUGUACCUCAUUAAUUUCCUCCUGGACGCCACGCUAGGAAUGUUAAUCAUCUACGUCGGGGUACGAUUAGUGAGCUGCGUGGUUGAGUGGCGACAGUGGGAAUCCUUGCGGUUUGGAGAAUAUGGUGACCCUCUGCAGUGCAAGGCUUGGGUUGGACAAUGUGCGCUCUACAUCCUCAUUGUGACGUUCGAGAAAAUCGCUAUUGUCUUCAUCCUUCUUAUACCAGGACUGAAAGAGGUCGCCAAACUAAAUAUGCAAAAUAGAGAUUUGGAGCUGGCAAUCGUGAUGCUUAUAGUACCCUUCUUUGUCAAUGCAUUAAUGUUCUGGGUAGUGGACAAUUUUCUGAUGAAAAAAGGCAAGAGGAAAGCAAAGUCAGAAGAGAAGACCGGCAGCCCAGACUCGCGGAAUGGGAAGCAGGUUCGAUACCGGCGAGCUGCGUCAUAUGAAGAGUCAGAGUCAGAGAUCCUCAUAUCUGCUGAUGAUGAAAUGGAAGAGUCUGAAGGGGAAGAAGACCUACGAAGGCUGACAAAUUCCAAACCAGUUAAGAAAAAGAAGCAUCGCUUUGGGUUGCCUGUAUGAUACCUGCUCCAUCUAUCACUGUGCUCGGCCUGAAACUAGAGUGAUAUAGAAACUCCUUCAGCCACUACCUCUAAUGCCUUGUGGACUUUAGAGAGGGGUUAGACGCAGAUGGUACUUGUGCAACCUUACCCAACUGGGGUGCAAAGGAAGCGGGUUCUUCAGAGACCUCUGUUGCACUACAAGCUGCUACUCACAUGCACAACCCCACUGCAGGCAUUAUACACAAAGACACGCCUGCUGACCUAUAGGGGGCAAAGGUCCAAAAUGCUCACAAGUGACCCUUCCCCAAUGGUCAGUUAAUUCCAGUGUUUUGUCAGUGUGCAUACAACUGGGAAACGGGGACAGAUCUCAUGAGGAUUUUCUUUUACUGACUUUGUUAUAUUUUUUUGCCUUGUCUGUCUUUUUUUCAGUUGUUCUCUCGCCCUUUCUGCUGGAAGCCUAAUAAGCAGGAAGAAAACUUUAACUUCAACAUGAACAAAUCUCUGUUUACUCAUCAGUGUUCCUGCUAAAGCUCUGUAUCAAGUCGAUCCCCUGGGGCUUUCAAAGAACGCGUUGUCCUAUCCUGUUAUGGUGACACUAGAACAUGAAGUCCCAUAUCAUUAGUAGUUACACUAUAGUUCUAUAACUUAUUUACUUUUUAUUGUAUUUAUAAGAAGACUGAUACUUCAAAACUACUUACGUUUGAAGACAAAAUGUUUUAGGGCUCAAAUAUAUUUGCACCAUUCUCAACGCGUUUUAGAUUUGGCACAGUAAAUGCAAAACCAACAUGUAGCAAAAGUAAUUGUGCAAAAUCCAAAUAGCUUAAAAUCCUUGUUUUGAGUCUUCAUAAAAACGUACAAUAUGAAUAGUUACAGGUCAGUUAAGACUCAACGAUGCUCAGAUUAAUCCGUUUCUGCUAUAGUGUCUCUAAUCCUAGACUGGCAAGUCGUGUGUAUCAUCCUCAUGUUAGACCAGUAGUUAAGGGUAGAUUUACGCAAAACUUAAGUAGGCCCAGAUGGUGGAAUAUUCAGAUUUAAGUCUUGUAUUAGGUCAUUCUAAAACCAAGUGGAUUUGAGGUAUCAGCCUAUCUUAAAGCACUUUAUUUCUUCCUAUAACAGCAGGUUUCUGACAGCCAUACCUAGAACUCCAGUCCUACUGAUUGUUACAAUACAAGGGUAGCGUAUGGCUUCCAGGACUAAACCUCUUUAAUGCAGCUCUUUGUUACACAUGAUACUCUAGAUUUUCCAUCCAUUUUGAUAGCAUAAUUCUGCAGUUGGUUCCCAGAGUUUUCUGUGCAGAAAUGCUUGAUUUUGGAAUCAGUCUAGAUAGUAAUUCCCACUGUCCCAUAAACUAAUAAUAAAAUUAAAAGCUCUUAAAUAUGCGCACACACACAUUUAUACAAUGCAGACACACACAUACACACAUACAAUACACACACAAUAUACAUAUGCACACACAUACUUAUACAAUACACACAUACAUAUGCAGACACACACAUAUACAAUACACAUAUACAUAUGAUACACACAUACAUAUGCAGACACACAUCCAAUAUACAUACAAUACACACAUACACAUGCAGACACACACAUACAAUAUACACAUGCAGACACACACAUACAAUAUACACAUGCAGACACACACAUACAAUAUACACAUGCAGACACACACAUACAAUAUACACAUGCAAUAUACACAUGCAGACACACACACAUACAAUACACAUGCAGACACACACACAUACAAUACACAUGCAGACACACACACACAUACAAUACACAUGCAGACACACACACACAUACAAUACACAUGCAGACACACACACACAUACAAUACACAUAUGCAGACACACACACACAUACAAUACACAUAUGCAGACACACACACACAUACAAUACACAUAUGCAGACACACACACACACAUACAAUACACAUAUGCAGACACACACACACACAUACAAUACACAUAUGCAGACACACACACACACAUACAAUACACAUAUGCAGACACACACACACACAUACAAUACACAUAUGCAGACACACACACACACACAUACAAUACACAUAUGCAGACACACACACACACACAUACAAUACACAUAUGCAGACACACACACACACAUACAAUACACAUAUGCAGACACACACACACACAUACAAUACACAUAUGCAGACACACACACAUACAUACAGUGAUCUCCAAAGAAAUAUUUUGCCAGCUGGGUUGCGGCAGUGUAAUACUUGGCAAUAUAAUAUUUAUAAAUCUUCCUUAAAGGGGCAUGACACCCACAUUAAUACCUUUCCAGUUUAUUUCUGUUAUCUAAUUUGUUUUGUUCUCUUUGUAUCAUUUGUUUUAAAAAAAAUACAUAGGUAGGCUCAGUAGUACAUUUCUACUCCUUUAACAAACAAUACCAAGAGAAUAUAUUAUAUUAGAAGUAAAUGGGAAAGUUGUUUAAAAUGAUCUGAGUCAAGAAAGAACAUUUUUUGUUUGUCCUUUUAAGCUGUCCAAACCACAAAUAAAUAGCAUCAAUUUAGUUCAUGAUGAUUUAUGCAAAAAAUGUUCAAGAAAUUUAUUAUUCACUAAUUAUAGCAUAUAAUUGGUUUAAACUUUUAGCCGGGUGUUCAGUAAAAUUAGCUGGGUGGUGUGCCCAUUCAAUAGGCCUUGGGGAGAACACUGUAUGUAUGUGCGUCACACAGAUCUAUACAAACACAUGCACAGCAACAAUAUCAAUUUGCUACUAACUUGCUCAUUUUAUCAUUUCUUUUUUUGUCCCCAAAACCGCCACAUGUCUGCCUUGUACAUAAGUUUCUGAUGCUUAUAGAAUGUUACGUAGCCAGAGCACAGGACACUAAUCGCGCAGGAACACGCGGAAACGUUAAAUACUCUAGUACAUUCCAAUAUUACGUUUAAGUUCCUAUAGCAGUUCUAUACAUAAGGUAUAUUCAGUAAUCAGACUUUUGCUGUGGAUUAUGUUAAAGUAUAAUGUAAAUGAAGCAGUUGCACGUGUGUGUGUGUAUAUAUGUAUGUAUGUGUAUAUAUAUGUGUGUGUAUAUAUAUAUAUAUAUAUAUAUAUAUGUGUGUAUAUAUAUAUAUAUAUAUAUAUAUAUAUACACACACACACACACACACACACACUUUUUCAUUUAAAGAGGCAUGAGGAAUUAACAUGCUCUAACUUAUUAAAGCAUUUUCUGUUAUUGCACCGUUGCUUGAAUAUAACUGGCCAAUCAGAAUCCUUUAAUAAUUUUUAUCUAACGGAUUCUACAGAAAGUCAAUGGGGAUUUCGAUAGAUAAAUCAUUUGAUAAGUUUUACUAAACGAUUGUGACUCCCUAUGUGUUUACUCUCAAACUGCAACAAUGCAGUACUGGGAGCUAACGGGUGAGCCAGUGACAAGAGACAUGUAUAAGUAAGCACCAGUCAGUACCUAGCUGCCAGUAGUGCAUUGCUGCUUCUGAGUCUACCUAGGUAUUCUUUUUCAAUAAAGGAUACCAAGAGAACAGAGCUAGUUUGAUAAUAGAAGUGAAUUUAAAAGGAUGUUAAUUGCAUGCUCUCUCCGACCCAUGAACGUUUAUUGCGAUUUAUUUAGCCUUCACUUAAAGGGACAUCAUAUAAUGCUCUGUUUUAUUAUUGCAUUAUUGCUUGCAACUAUGUACUUAACAUUUGCAAAGAAGUUACACUCAGUCAACUCCAGAGCAGCGAAAAACUCAGCCAGUGAGCCAAUCAGAAGAGCGAUAUGUGUGUAACCACCAAUCACUGAUCAUGUUUAGGACCAGUAGUGCACUUUGACUUUGGAGCAUAUUUUUAACUAUGUGGUUAAACUCUUUAUAGGCUUUAAACCCAGUUCUCUCCAAGCAAUAGAUUAUUUUUAUAUCUAUUAUAAUUUCAACUAAUUUCAUGUAUUUUCAGUGCCAAGAAAGUUGCUCAUAUGCAGUAUCUGCAGUUUUAUGUUAAAGGGACAGUCUACUGCACAAUGUUUGUUUAAAAAGAUAGACCAUCCCUUUAUUACCCAUUGCCCAUUUAGGCAUAACCAACACUGUUAUAUGAAUAUACUGAUUACCUUGUAUCUAAGUCUCUGCAGACUGCCCCUUAUCUAAGGUUUUUUUUACAGACUUGCAUUUUAGCCAAUCAGUGCUGACUCUUAAAUAACUCCUCAGGAAUAAGUAGUGUUAUUUAUAUGGCACACAUGAACUAAUUCCCUGAGAUAAGAGGAGGCAUUUAAGGGCUUAUAAAUUAGCAUUAUAGCCUAUCUAGGUUUUGUGUAAAGAAAAUUAAAUUAUCUGUGGAUGAUUCUGGGCAGUGUAGCAGUUCAUGGUUUACAUAAAGCACCAAUACUCUCUGAAACAGAUUAUAGUUCAGAAGUAAACUGUUCAAAUCUUGAUUCUCUGGUAUAACGUCCCUUUUAAAGACAAACUGUGCUACAAAAGUAACGCGCUAAAUGUUUAGAGUACAUCGUUUUGCAUUACUGCUCCUAAUAUUCUGUGUUUAACCCUCGCAAAGGGCCCAAGCACAUACAUAAAUCCCUCUCAGGAGCCAUGAGCGUUGCAGCUCACUAGCGCAAGACCACCGCUGAAUAGUGGUUAUGCGCGACUGACGCUCCUGAUUGACUCACCCGCUGUGUUCUGCUUCUGCAGGAUCAUCUAGUUCCCGCUACAGGGCGAAUAACUACAUUAGGCAGUAGGAGACUAGAUCAGAAUGUACUCACAUUUAACACACAAUAAAUGCUCAUACUUUCAGCUAUUUAAUAGAAGUCUUAGCAAAAGUUUGAUGAUUGCAAAUAUAUUACAUCGAUGUUUAAUUCUGACUCUCUUACAUGAUAGGAAUUGGUCGCUUUGCCUGCACACAGCUUGUUACAGAGCUCCAUAUAUUUUGUAGAAUUUUGAAAGAAAGGUCUGUGCACAAUCUUAUUCCUGCUAAUGCCGAGACCGUCGUAUUCAACAUAUGUCUUACGUACCCCUCUCUAGGGAAGAUUUUGCCUUAACAUUGUUUGUAUUACCCUUACAGCAUUGUGUGUGGGGGGGAGGGAUUAAAUCAUUCCUUAACCUCUUUUCUUAAAGAAGGGACACGCAAAAUCCUCACCCACAGCAAAGGGGUUAAAUCCGUUAGGUGAUCCCCGUCUGCUGCUUUAUUUAUGUCUUGCACCUUUUUAAUUUAAUUUAUAUUUUCUAUAUAUAGUUGUUUUUUUUUUUUACAUUUUUUUUUUUUUUUUUGCAAAGGUCAAAAAGGGGUUAACUAAGAAAUGAGUUUGUAUUCUGUCUUUCAGUUUGUGUUAUGUUACAAUUACGUCUUUUCCUACCAAAAACAUAAAUCUUGUUUGUCUUUUUAUUUCAUUUUUUGUUUUGUUUGUUCUUGGAAUAAUGGAAGAAAACUGAGCAGACCAACAUAUGCUGCAUAUAGUGACAACUAUUUAUAGAGGGACAUAUUUUCAGGGGUUUUUUAACCCUGCACCUGCCACCACAGCCUGAUUUUUACAACUAUUUCGGUUUUUAAUGUAUUUCAGUCUCUCUGGCAGCAAGGGUGGGUAGCGUUUAAUGGAAUGUGUUACAUUGCUAAGUGCUUUCUCCUUUUUACAACAUUAAUUUAUGUCAGAUAUAUGUUUGCACUUUUUAAUGACAAGGGAAGUGGGAGCAGCAGGGAUUACUGUAGACAUUUACCAAUAUUCUUUUGGUUUCUUAUCCAUAAACUGAAUUAUUCAAAA